UCCUAGUUACCGUUGUGUUUUUAGAGUUCUCCCAGCAUGCCCUGCGAGCGGCCUCUUGAAGAUGGUGUCCUGAUUCGCAGCCUCCGAUGAAGAGAAGGAAAUUCAUCCUGUCACGAUCAGAAUGGAGAAAGAGCAGCGCAACAGCGUCGUGAUCAACGCCUCCAAAAGAGAGGUCUUCACGGCCAGCAACGGCUUCAAGUCACUGCAGAAGAAGCUGAGAGCCCAGUGGAAGAUCCAGAGCUUUAAAGAAGAGCUCUCCUCGGAGAAACUGGCUGGUGUGAAGCUGUGGAUCACAGCAGGACCUCGAGAGAAGUUCACAGCAGCUGAGCUGGAGGUGCUGAAGCGAUACUUGGACGGCGGAGGGAAUGUCCUGGUCAUGCUGGGAGAGGGGGGAGAACUCAAGUUUGACACCAACAUCAAUUUCCUGCUGGAGGAGUUUGGAAUCAUGGUCAACAGUGAUACAGUGAUUAGGAACGUGUACUACAAGUAUUUUCAUCCCAAAGAAGCUCUUGUCUCCAAUGGGGUAUUAAACAGGGAGAUCAGUCGUGCCGCUGGCAAAGUGGUGACGGGGAUGAUUGACGAUGAAAGCACGGGGAAUAAUUCACAGGCUCUGACCUUCGUGUACCCCUACGGAGCCACGCUCAGCGUGAUGAAGCCAGCGGCGGCCGUGCUGUCGACGGGCUCCGUCUGCUUCCCGCUCAACAGGCCCGUCCUCGCCUUCCACCAGGCCAAGGAGGCAGGGCGUCUGGCAGUGCUGGGCUCCUGUCACAUGUUCAGUGAUCAGUACUUGGACAAGGAGGAGAACAGUAAGAUCAUGGACGUUCUCUUCCAGUGGCUCAUGACCGAUGAGAUUCACUUGAACCAGAUUGAUGCGGAGGACCCCGAGAUCUCCGACUACACGAUGCUCCCGGACACGGGCCGGCUGUCCGAGCGCCUGCGCGUGUGUCUCCAGGAGGGGGACGAGAACCCGCGAGAUUUCACCUCCCUCUUCAGCACGUCACUCUUCAGGCUGUCCACCAGCGCCCUGCCGCAGGUCAUCAACUCUUACAAACAGGUUAACGUGAAGCAUGAGCCACUCCAGUUGAUCCAGCCGCAGUUCGAGACGCCUCUGCCCCCGCUGCAGCCGGCUGUCUUCCCACCAGCUUUCCGAGACCUUCCUCCGCCAGCUCUUGACCUCUUUGACCUGGACGAGACCUUCUCCUCUGAGCGAGUGCGCCUGGCGCAGCUUUCCAACAAGUGCACAGAUGAUGACCUGGAGUUCUACGUUCGCAAGUGUGGUGACAUCCUGGGGGUGACCAGCAAACUAAACAAGGAGCAAAGAGAUGCUAAGAGCAUCCUGGAGCACAUCUUCUUCCAGGUCGUGGAGUUUAAGAAGCUCAAUCAGGAGCACGACAUUGACACAACGGAGGCAGGAAUUUCUCCAUUCUAAGCAAACUGUGUCCCAGCUACAUUUGCUCAUCUGGGAUAAUGAUUUUCUCCUUUAUUUUUACCAUUGAAAGGCCUGGAAUGCUAGCUAUGGAAUACCGACACUGUGCAACAGUGUUUGCAUACAUGUACAAUUUGUCAUGUGGCAAUAGCAUAAAUGAUUUUGUAUAUGCAUCAGUAAUCACUACCUAGUCCAUUUCUCCCAAAUGUGUGAUUAGGGCACACCACACUAGAUCUAUAACAUUCAGGAUUCCUUGUUCAAUCUUUAUCAUUGAUCCCAGAAGUUUUUUUUCCCCCACUAACCAGCUUCAGGGAAGGUACUUUAUUGUAAUAAGUAUGAUACAUCCUUUAUUAAGCAUUUCCUGUUUUUUUAGUAAAGAUUUCUCCUGGGAGAACACCCAAAGAGCAGCAGCUUAGGAGUUUCACACAAAUGCUGUUUGACCUCAGUUGUUGUAGUUUUAGCACUUGAAUCACUUUCCCUCAAUACAGAAGUUUGUCCAUCAUUGCAGAAGUGAUAAGAUGGGGUUAGACUAUUCCGGGACUUUUAGACAAGCCAGCAUUCGCUCCAAAUCAACAAGACCUACUUCUAAAAAAAAAAAAAAUGGUUCUUGAUCUCAGAUUCUAUUUCUCAUUUUUCUACAUAAUGCAUAUUUUUAUACAUGUUAAAAACAACUUAAGUUUAUUUAUCUGCAUUUAAAAUCUAAAGUGACCUUCCCUAUUAACCUAAAGGUGAAAGACCAAGAGAUGUUCAUGUUUUGAUGUAAAAGGGCAAAUUCAAAUGUGUAGUUUUUAUACUUUAAUGUAAAAUAAACCUCCCUGUGCUCAAGCAGUCAAAGUGAAUUCCAUUCUUCCAGUCUAAGAUGUUGGUUGAAACGGCAGACUUGACAGAUUCGAGACCAGAAUACAAGAAGCAGUUUCUCUAGUUGUGUUUCAAAAGCCAGUUAGAAUACAAACCAGAAAUCAGAGCCUUGAGAGGGAGAGUUCCACAGAGCCAGCUUCCCCACUCCACAAUCUCCAAGAGAGGAAGAAUCUCAGCCCCAUGCAUCCCAGUUACACCAAGAAUCCUCAAAAAUCAAAAGCAGACAGCACACCUUGUAUGUACACAUUAUAUGCAUCACAAUCUAUUCAUUUUAUUAAAGGCUAUUUUUUCCC